AUGGUGGAUGCGGAAUUCAAACGAAAACUAAAUGAAAUUCGUGAGAAAGUAGAAGAUCUUUUCGAUUUUGAAGGAUGUAAAGUUGGUCGUGGAACAUAUGGAAGUGUUUAUAAAGCUAAACUUAAAGAUGGUACAGACAGUAGAGAUUAUGCGUUAAAACAAAUCGAAGGCACUGGCUUAUCUAUGUCUGCGUGCCGAGAAAUAGCUCUUCUUCGUGAGUUAAAGCAUCCAAAUGUUAUUACUCUACAACGAGUUUUUCUGAAUCAUACAACUAGGCGAGUAUGGUUGCUAUUCGACUUUGCAGAACAUGAUCUUUGGCAUAUUAUAAAAUUUCAUAGAACAACUAAAGCAAAUAAAAGUACAGUUCAAGUCUAUGGCAAUAUGGUCAAAAGUUUAAUGUAUCAAAUAUUAAAUGGAAUCCAUUAUUUACAUGACAAUUGGAUUUUACAUCGUGAUUUGAAACCUGCAAACAUCUUAGUUAUGGGUGAAGGUCCUGAUCGAGGUCGAGUUAAAAUAGGUGAUUUAGGUUUUGCUCGUCUAUUUUAUCAACCACUGAAGCCAUUAGCUGAUUUGGAUCCAGUUGUUGUAACAUUUUGGUAUCGCGCACCAGAAUUGCUGCUUGGAGCUAGACAUUAUACGAAAGCUAUUGAUAUAUGGGCUAUUGGAUGUAUUUUUGCAGAAUUACUCACAUAUGAACCUAUAUUUCAUUGUCGUCAAGAAGAUAUUAAAACAAGCACACCAUAUCACAAAGAACAGCUGGAACGUAUUUUUCGUGUAAUGGGAUAUCCACCAGAUGAUGCUUGGGUUGAUAUGAAAAAAAUGCCAGACUAUCAUCAAUUAUUACGUGAUUCCAUAAGUAAAAAAACCUAUGGUAAAUAUUCACUGGAAGGUUAUUUUGAAGAGAAAAAAUUCAAAGUGGAUGAAAGAGAAUUAGCUUUGCUCAGACGUUUGUUAACUAUGGAUCCCGUUAAACGUUUAUCUGCUGCUGAGGCUAUGGAAGAUUCUUACUUCAAAGAAGGUGAAAAACCAAAUAAUGAUGUUUUUGGAAAUUUACCUAUACCUUAUCCUAAAAGAGAAUUUAUCUCUGAUGAUGAUUCUGAUGAUAAACAAACUGGUGCAGAUAAAAACGUCACACAAACUGGACAACAACCAAACGCUACUGGAGGAAGACAAACUACAGCACAUCCUACUGGUGGCAGUGGAAUACAUACUACACAUCCUCAGCAACAAUCUCAACAACAACAACAACAGCGUGGAAAUAAUGCUCCACAACCCCAGUUACCAUUGCCUCAGCAACAACAGAGAACAAAUGGACAGCCACCGCCACUGAAUACACAGCAACAACACAUGAACUCUGGUCAAUCUAAUCCCCAUACAAGACAAUUGAUUCAUCAACAGAAUAAUAAUGAUGAUAUUCCAUCUAAUAAGCGUAUUCGGUUAUCCCAGGGGAAUAAUGAAACACCGAUUGCACCACCGCCAUUACCAUCCUCCUCGACAACAUCAUCAUCUACAACAGUUAAUAGUAGUGGAAUCUUACAUACAAACACAAAUAAACCCAGUAUAACAGGACAGUCUCAGCAGUUAUCUAAUCCCGCUACUACUACUACCACUUCAGGUUAUGCGAAUCUGCAACAACAACCAAUGAGAAAUCUCCCACCUGGUCAUAUGGGGCAUCCGGGAACUUCUUAUCCACGCUAUCACCACUAG